AUGGCAAUGGACCUCUCGGUGGACAUGAUGCCAGAGGACCUGUUCACAGAGGCAGGCGUUCACGCCAGCGACGACGAGGCAAUGAAAGAGGCAGAGGAAGGGGGCGAGGCAGCGGCAGGGCAGAACAAAGGCAGCAAGCGAAAGCGAGGUGCAGGCCCGGAGAACCAGGAGAAGGGCAGCCAAAGCAGCGGGAAGAAGUCCGACAAGUCCGCCCAGGGAGAAGGCAUGUCCUUCAACCAAGCCUUCUGCCACAAAGAUAAGUACAAGUUGGACCAGUUAGGAAGACUGGCGAAGAACCAGCAGAAGACAGAGUGGUUCAAAACCGUGAGACAGGAUGAAAACAAAGUUCAGCGCCUGCUCAAAGCCUACAGGGACGUGACAGGAGAUGACGGGGAGGGCUCCAAGAAAAAGGUGAACUCCUCAACGCUUUUCCAGUCCUUGGAGACGAUGGUAGCAGGUUCGCGAAUCACCUUUCAAACGGAGUGCGAAAUGAUGCCAGAGGACAUGUACUUGCGCUACGCCACGGAGGUGUUGACGGAGAUGAACGGCCGCUUGACUCGAGCGCAAGCCGUCUCUCAAUGGUCUACCUGGCAGGCGGCUGUGGAAGCAGACGGUGAGACCAACGAUCCCGUCCAUGACUGGAAGGGGAAGAACAAAUGCCUGCGAAUAGCAGUGCCAGUUCAUGACAAGGUCAUCCUGGCCAACUUCUUUGAGAAGUCGAAAGGGGCAGUUUUGAAGGAGAAAGAGGAAAAGGGGAUCACAGAAUCUCAACUUGCAGCCAAGAAGAAAGCGUUGUUCCAGAACAACGAGAAGUUCGGUUCGUUCAACGACGAGCAGGAUGCUAAGGACCUUGCCGGCGGCAUGAUCCGCGCAGCUGGGCAGAGCGCUGCAGGCAACGCUUUCAUCGGCCAGGCCAUGGAGGUGAACUUGGACGAGCUAGUAAAAGAGGCUGCAGCAGAAGCGGCUAAGGCAGCGGAAGGGGAGCAAGGGUCUGCUUCGGAGUCUGAGCCCGAGGCCCCGAAUGGAUCCAAGACUGGGAGCAAGGGCGGCCAGAAAGGCAAAGGUGGCAGAGGUCAAGCCAAAGUGUGGUUUGAUCGCGACACUGCCAUUGCCAGCCGUGUUCGGACUGAGGGCACCGCCUUGUGCACCAUGGAGCUUCAGCUUCAAGCUCGCCUGGACGAAUGCCAGCAAUACCUCCAAGAGGUGCAAUCAAAGCCCUGUUUGCACGAAGUCAAGGUGGAGUACAGCACCCUGACGAAGCGAGUGGAGUUUCUUGAGGCUGUUCUUUCCCCCCAAGGUUCAGGCUUGACGUCCCUCAUCCAGAAGUAUGAGGAGCCCAAGGCGAACAGCGCGCCGCCAGCAGCAACUUCCCCAGCUAAAGCAUCUGCGACAGAACCGUCCACAGCUUGGCAGGCGCAACUCCAAAGCGCUCCCCCUUGCGCCAGCUACGCAUCUUUGACAUGCCUUUCUUCCCACAAGGACAGCGUGGACGCUUUCUGGAAGUGCCAGACAGCAGCUGAGCUGAAAGAGCUCGCCAAGACACGCGCAGUGAGCCGGAAGCCGCUUGGUGAACUCAGCAAUUCUGUGAAUGCUGGGUUGAAGGAGCUCAAGAAGGCGGUGGCUAGCUGUGAGCAGCGCGCAGCAAAGCGUGCCAGCAAAGGUGGAGGAAAAGGCGCCCAGAAGGAGAAAGUUGGAGGGAACCAGCAGGCCGUGUUUGAGCAGGGCAUCACAUGCGCCCAGGAGGUGAGCGCGGUGAGCUUGACUUCGUUGAAGAGCGGAGCAGAGAAGUUGCCAGCAAUGUGCAUGCCCAUUUUGGUCAACCUUGGAGAGCACGCAGCUUGCUUAGCAAAGGAGCCCAUGGCAGCCCAGUCCACGGCCUUCAAGACAGCCUUUGCUGAGAAGAUCAAAGCCAUGGCCCGGAGCAACAUGAGCAAGCCGCCUGAACAAAGGACCAAGGCCCGCGCUGCUGCCAAGUUGUCACAGGAGGCGCUGGAUGCUUGGAGCGCUUUUGAAAGCGUUCUGCCUGCUGAGUUGAUUUUGGGAGCAGUGCCUGGGUCGACUCCAAGCCCAACUGCAGGCCUGCCCAGCCAUCUUGGCAUUCAGGCUGGCUCUGUUGCUGCAGGGGCGGAAACCGACUGGCUGGCUUCCAUCCGGCUGCUGACUGCAGGCACGCGGACAUUGGUGAUCGCUUCACUGUCCAAGUUGGUGCAAGUCUUUGGACGGUGCGAGCCUUCAUCUUUGUGGAAGCGAUUCCUAGAUAUGACGCCAAAGGAAGCGGCAGAGCUGGGCCGCGUUGGGGCUUUGCAAGCCGUCACGCACGGCCCACAAGAGCUCCUCUACCUUCCCUGUGGCUGGAUCUUUGCAGAGAAGGUCAUGGACAACGCCGACCUUGCUGGGUUUGUGGUCCGUGGGGUCACAGCCAAAGACACGCAUGCCUUUUCGGAGCUGACGCUCUUAAACAACAUGCUGACUGAGCACUCCAAGCCUGCCCUUGCCUCUUCUGCUUUGCUUUCCUUCCUCAGCCCGCAGGCGCCGCCAGAAGAAGCUGAGCAGAAGGAAGCUGCGCCUACAAUCCUGGCUGAAAGCCAAGAGCAGAAAGAGCCAGGGGCCCACGAUCAAGCAGCACCAGCGCCAAUGCCCAGCGUCGAGAACACGCAGCAGAAGCAGGAGAACGAGGGCAAGGAGAACUGAUGCCAGAAGUGUUUGCCGCAGAUGUCGGUAGGCUUUUUCGAAUUUUGCUGACUGACGCGUAAACGGCGGCUUCAGGGGUUUGGGGGCCA